AUGACCGCCCCCACGGGCCAGAACGUGCGACGCGGAGGGUCUUUGCCCAAGAACUAUUACGCAAACAGCGCGGCUGGCGCUGCGGGAGAUACUAACUUGAAGCCGUUCGCAGGCCCGAUAGGGAUAAAGCCGUGGUGGGACAGUGAGCAGUGUCGGAGCAGUCCGCAGUACAGCGGGGUGAUGCACGCGCCGAUCAACGUGUAUGUCAUCUGGUAUGGCAAGUUCACGGCGAGUCAGAAGGAGAUGGUGCGCGCCUUCACGCGGUCGCUCAGCCCCAGCUCAAAUGCUUCCAUCACGGUACCCCUGUGGUUGAACAUCAACCGGCAGUACUACGACCGGGACGGGCGUUUCAUCUCCAGCUCCGUUACAUUCGCAGGUGAAAUAGACGACACGGGGUAUUCGCGCGGCGCCACCCUGAGCGACACGGAGACGGACGUGCUGCUGUCCGCCGCCAUCAUCGCCCAACACCUGCCCUUCCAUCCAAACGGCGUCUACUUCGUUCUCUCAGAUGAAACCGUCCAGGAGUCGUCGUACGAGGGAGCCGGGUUCUGCAUAAACUACUGCGGGUGGCACACAUACACUGACGUGGACGGCAUGGGCCGCGUCGCCAAAGCCUGGCUCGGCAACGCCAUUUCCCAGUGCCCUGAUGGCUGCAUCAACGACAUCAUUUUUAACUCUCCCUCCUCGCCCAACCGGGACAAAGGCAUUGACGGGCUCCUCUCCGGUUUUGCACACGAGUUAGCAGAGGCGACUAGUAGUCCAUGCCUGCAGACGUGGAUGGACGACAAUGGGAACGAGAACGCCGAUAAAUGCGGAUCUGGGUUUGGCCGCGUGGACGUCACCCUUGUUGCGCACAUCGUGCAGCAGACAAGGAUGCGUUUGAAGACGCGGUAUUCCCUCCGCGACCCUACACACACUUUCGGCAGCGGCGAGAAAAUGCAGCUUCCCGAGUUCAUUCAGAGGCACGGGGCAAAGGACAAGCGCGAGAUGAAGGCGGAGGGCGUGGACGGGGAAGGGAAUCCCGUAUCGUUCGAGUUCGCGCUGCACGAGCGCCCGCUGCCUGGACACGAGACGGAAGGCGAUGUCACUGCGUGCGUCGAGCUGUCGAUCAAGUACGUGCGCGCCAUUGACAAGGAGCUGGAGUGGCGGAUGCGCGACCUGGAGCUCCUGGAAGGCUCGAAGCUGUUUCGCACUGCCUCGUACGUGUCUGACGACACGAAGCGACUGGAAACCUUCAAGAAGUGGCUCGGGCAACUGCACAAGUUGUACCACCACAAGCUGCCAGGUAAGCCAGAUGUGGCGCUUGCUCUCUUUAUGAUGUAUGUUGUGACUUUCAUGCGUGUCAUGAGGUUAACCAUUGCACAUCCUGCACACCGCGGCCUGUUGGACUAA